UGAUUUUCCCUCCCCUCUUUAUUUUCUUUUCGCUGUUUUUUCUUCCAAUCCAAACAGCCGAUUUUCCGAGAAAAAAAAAAAAAAAACAAAAGAAAAGCAAAAUCCGGUUCUCUCUCUCUGUUUGAGAUUUUAUCAAAAGAAACAAACAAACCUCUGCCUCUCAAAACUCACCACUUGGAAUUUAAUUAUUACAAAAGGAUUCAGAAGAGAAAGAACUCUAUCCAAUCCAUACCGACUUCUUUAUCCGAUUGCCUCGAUUCUAGCAAAAAUUCGCCCAAAUUUCGAUUUCGAUUUCGAAGUAUUUGGGCUUUUUUAAGAGUUGCUGACCUCAAUUUUCUAAUUUUCCCGAGAAAAUAAGAAGGAAAGAUGAUGCGGAGGCAGCAGGAACAAGACCAGCAGUCUAGGGUUUUCUACGAGCUAUCGGCUCUGGUUCUCAACCUCCUCCGAUCUCCUUCCACACCGAUUCAAUUCUCCGAUAACUCCACGGUGAUGCCGCCGUCUUCGUCUUCGUCGUCGUUGAGGCGGCCGCCGGCGGCGUCGACGGCGCAGAUCUCUCCGGCUGGGUUCGCGUCGUUGAUGCUGGGGAUUUCGAUGGCUCUGAUGCUGUGCGGAUCGGUGACUUUCUUCAUUGGGUUCUUAUUGAUGCCGUGGGUGCUGGGAUUGUUGAUGGUGUUGUAUGUGGCGGGGAUCCUAUCGAGCCUCUCCUUCUUGGGGAAGUCCAUUCUUUGCUACGCCUCUGCUCCGUCGACGCCGCGGAGGGACAUUCCUGCAUGGAAGCUAUUGUGAAGGAGAGGGAGGAGGUGGUUCAAGAAAGUUGAUAUGUCUUAUGGAAGGACGGAGCAGCAGCAGCAGCAGCAGCACAGAUGUUGUUCUUGUGAGAGUGGUGCUGCAUAUAGGUAAAGGGGGCGGAAAAUUAAAUACGAGAGCUUGUUGAAGUAAUUGAUGCAUACACAGUGGAUAAAUGUUUUAUUAAUACUCUACUGAAUACGGGGAAAUGGCUUCUGAAAUAGUGAAUUGUUGAAGGAUGAUGGAAUUCCUGGUUUUGAGGAGAUGGCGGGGGAUGUCGCUUAGCCUCUUCGUUGUUCUGAUAUCUGUGUUGUUCAGUGCAUAUACAUCUCUAUAUAUCUCUUGUUCUCAAAUCUGUAAAAGUUUAUAGCUCAGCUCAACAUUUCUUCAAUUUCUGGAACAAAUGAUCUUUCACUUGUUGUUUUGUGCA